AAGAGACAGCGAUACUUAUAACACUAGUAUAUAUAUGGGGAGAAAAUUAGUAGUAGUAUUAAUGGUAGCCAAAAGGUCUCCAAGUUUAGAGGAGAUUGAGAUUUGUAAAAGAUAAGCUUUGUCCUCUUCUAGCUCUUAAUUAAAGAGUUCUCCAAUUUGCUUCUGGGGAUUACAACAGAAAAACUUUUACAGGAAAUGGAAUAUUAUGGCUUUAAUCAACAGUGGCCUAUGAGCUCAUUUGAUGAGCUAAGUGCAAUAUCUACAGCUGCUUCAUUUGGUCAGAAUUUGCAUGAGUCUUUCGCCUCUCAGCCAAUAUUAGGUCAUAAAAGGCCUAUAGAAAUGUCCCAAGUUGUUGAAGAAAGGCCACUAAAGAAUCCCAAAACUAGUCACAGCUGGAAUAAUAAUAAUUCCUAUGAAAAUGAUCAAAUUUUGAGCUCACAAUCUGUGGCUUCUCCCAACUACCAUUUGAUCAACUCAUCAAAUAAUUACACUAACCAACAAGUUGUGACAAUGAAGCCUAAGGAGGAAACAACUUUGUCAUCUAGCAGUAUAACUUUUGCAGCUGAUCACAACAAUAUGGUUUGUCAAGAUUCUUUUGCCAAUCAGAAUUACAUGUUUAAGGCUAAUAACCAUCAAGGAGCUAAUAAGAGUGUUAGUACAAAUGGAAAAUUAACACAAGCUCAAGAUCACAUCAUUGCUGAGAGGAAAAGACGCGAAAAGCUCAGCCAAAGGUUCAUUGCUUUAUCUGCUCUAAUUCCUGGACUAAAAAAGAUGGACAAGGCUUCAGUUCUUGGAGAUGCAAUAAAAUACUUGAAACAACUCCAAGAGAAAGUGAAGACACUUGAGGAGCAAACAAAGAAAAAGGCAGUGGAGUCUGUUGUAUUUAUCAAGAAAUAUGAACUUUAUGGAGAUGGUGAAAAUUCUUCAUCAGAUGAAAACUAUUCCAGUGCUACUCUACCAGUUGAUGAGCCACUUCCAGAAAUUGAAGCAAGAAUAUCUGAGAGAGAUGUACUAAUUAGAAUCCACUGUGAGAAAAAGAAAGGAAUUGUUGACAAAACUGUGGCUGAAAUGGAGAAGCUUCAUCUAUCAGUCAUCAAUACUUGUGCCUUGUCUUUUGGAACUUCUGCUCUUGACAUUACUAUCAUUGCUCAGAUGGAUGAGGAAUUUGCAAUGACAGUCCAGGAUCUUGUCAAGAAUUUGCGCUCAUCUCUUAAAAUGUUUAUGUGAAGGACGUGUUCAACUGUUGCAGUUUUCUUAAUCAUAGUGUGUUUGGUACGACGGAAGUCAUUUUUCAUGAAAAAUGUUUUCCUAAAUACUUUCUCUUUUUUCAAGUUAAUUUCUUGGAUGUUUAGGCUUGCGAAGUCUAAUUCACCCUUUUUCAAACCAUGUCUUUUGAAGCUUGUUUGCAGUGGGGUUAAUUAAUUCAUUUUGUAGGGAGGAUUUUUUUUACUACUCUUUUUUUGCAUGGUUAAUUUGUUAAUUAACCAUGUUCGUUUUAUCCACCUAUUGUAAAGACAUAGAUGACCCCAUGGCUUAGGCUUUUUUUUUCUCCUUUAUACAUGUUUUUCCACGAGGAAGGUUGAGAAAUUCAACGAAUACCAAGUGGUCGGAGAAAGGGACAAUAGAAGGUUUUAAUUUUUUUUUAAGGGUGAAGAGGCAGACUGUAGGCUUUGUAUUUGCUUUCAUUUGUCAAUGUUUUAGACAUCCUCUUGAAAUUAUCUUUUAAUUUGGAGGGUCUCUUUCGUUGUUAUGUAAUGUCAUUUCGUUUAUGAUAUGGAAUAAAGCCACAUUAUUAUCAAUAUCUACUUCUUUGA